AUGAAAAAAUCAUGUUCGAACAUAUCUACAAGUACAAAACGAAAGUCAAAACUAGUUACAACCGAAUGUAAAAUUUGUGAAGGUUCAGCUAUAUAUUCGCAUUAUGGUGUUAUAUCAUGUCGUCCAUGUAGAAUGUUUUUCAAACGAAAUGCUCAACAAGGAAAGAAAGUAUUAAAAUGUGAUUUUCAUGGUAAUUGUAAAAUAAAUGUAAAUAAUCGUCAUAUAUGUUCUUAUUGUCGACUUCUUAAAUGUUUUACAAAUGGAAUGAAAACUGAAAUGAUUCGAUCAUAUCAAACAAAAAUGUACAAAACAAAUAAAAAUAUUAAAAAAAUAGUAAAUCAACUAGAAACAUCAUCAACAAAUUUAGUUACAUUAAAUCAAUUUGAACAGGUCACAUUAUUUGAUUAUCAUAUUUAA